CCUAGAGACGCACAAUUCACAUAUAAAUGCAAGGACAUAUUUGAAAACCUCCUUAUUGGUCCAAUAAGUAACAUAUUCUGAAAAUGGAGUGGCCGUGACUAUUUUUCUAAACCUGAGUCUUCGUUAAUUCUUAAUCAAAUGUUUAUUCGUCCAAUUGAUCUUUGGUAGUAAUAACUCAGGUACAGCUAUCGCCUGUUAUGGAACAAGACGACGCGGUAUUUUUGAGUGUUGUGUUGGUAUACUACGAGUAGUAGGUAUGACGUCACUCAGGGCCGUGUGGUUGUCAAGAAUUUCCUUAAAGAUUAGUUUUUUUGCAUCUCUUUUCCUCAUAUGUAGCAACAGUCGCGUCAGUAAGAUUUAUGAAACAUGGAGGAACAGAGACUGACUAAACUGAAAGAAUUGGUGAAGACCAAUAUUGCAUCGUACCCCGAUUUUCCGAAGCCGGGAAUAUUAUUCAGAGACAUUUUUUCUGUAUUGAAGAACCCAGAAGCGUUCCACGCGCUACAGGAGUUGCUGUCAAGCCGCUUAUCAAAUUUAAAUCCCAAACCUGAUGUAAUAACAGCUUUAGAGUCAAGAGGUUUCUUGUUUGGUCCAGGAUUAGCUCUUCAAUUGAAACUUCCGUUUGUGCCAAUUCGUAAAAGAGGGAAACUACCCGGAAAAUUGCACAGUGUGACUUAUUCAUUAGAAUAUGGGAAUGACACAAUUGAAAUACAGGAGAGCAGCAUUGGAAAAGGGCAGAAUGUUGUAAUUAUUGAUGAUCUACUGGCUACUGGAGGUACUCUUGGAGCAGCUUGUUCACUUAUUGAGAAGUGUGGUGCAAAUGUACUAGAGUGCAUUGUUGUGAUCGAACUUCUAGAUUUGAAAGGGAGAGAUGGCAUACAUCAUCCUAUACAUUCCUUAAUACAGUUUUAGGCAAAUAAUAUUGUACAUUCCAUGGCAGCACUUAUAUUUACAUUCCAUAUACAUGGAAGAAGUAAUAAGUCCUUAAUACAUACCAAAAAUGUUCAACAGAAGGCUGUGAUGUUUUGAAAUUGUCGUGCUCAUUCUAUGUUGUAUUAUUUGAUGCAAAACCUCAACUGUUGAAUUAAAUCCUUCAGUAUUAAA